AUGGCCUCUAUUCGCGUUCUUUCCUUCGAUGCUGAGGGCCGUCCCGUGCAGUUCACUUCCUGGCUCGACGACCUGCAGUUGUAUCUUAUGAGCAAUAGCACGGACCACAUCUCCCUCUAUGACUACGCGUCUGGUGCUGCCGCUGCUCCUGCUGCCACAGCCGAGCUUAGUGUUCGUUCCCACUGGCAGACUCGUGACGCAGCUGCUCGCCUAGCCAUUCGCAGUCACCUGCCGCUAGCUGAGCUCGAGCAUUUUGGCGACUGCAAAUCCGCUAAGGCCCUGUACGAUGCUGUCGUUGCUCGCUACUCCUCGCCUGCCACAGCCGAGCUUAGCCGCCUCAUGCUGCCGUACCUGUUCCCCGAUCUGUCCACCUUUACUACAGUCGCCGAUCUUAUCACCCACCUUCGCACUAGUGAUGCUCGCCUGCGUGCCGCCCUUCCCACCGAGUUCUGCGCUAAGAACCCCCCUCCACUGUACUGGACACUCCACUUCAUAGUCACCCGUCUCCCUGACACCCUCCGCUCAGUUCGAGACCACUUCCUUGCUCGCUGUCCCACUGAGCUCACAGUCGCCCUCCUAGAGGAGCAGCUGCUCGCGGCCGAAAAGAGCAUUGUAGCUGUCGGUGCUGCUCGUGGCGCUCCUCGCACCCCCAUCUUUGAGGGGUGUUCUCCCUCUCCCCUCGCUCCCUCCUACACUGCUGCUGCUGCUGUUGACUUCCUUGGUGCUGAGUCUGUUGGCGCUGCUUCUGCUCCUGGUGGGAGGCGCCGCACCGGCAAGGGCAAGGGGGGCAAGGGUGGUGGUGGUGGCGCUGGGGGGGGAGGAGGUGGGGGAGGUGGGGGGGGAGGCGGUGCUGGAGGGAGCGGUGGCGGGAGCGCUGGUGGGAGUGGGGUCGGUGGUGGAGGCGGGGGCGGCGGAGGAAGCAGUGGCAGUAGUGGCGGCGGCGGCGGUGGCGGCGGCGGCGGUGGCGGCGGUGGCGGUGGUGGCGGUGGCGGCGGUGGCGGUCGGAGCGGUGGUAGUGGUGGCGGCGGAGGUCGGAGUGGAGGCACUGGCUCGGGCCAGAGCUCCCAGCAGCAGCAGCGUCCCCAGACGACCCAGCAGCUUCGUGAGUGGCUUGCUCAGCGUGGGACGUCGGGGGGCAGUGGCCGCUGUUCUUAUGUCAUUCGCACAGGUGACCGCAAGGGACAGACGUGUGGGAGGUUCCACACCCCGUACCGCUGCUUCUCCCGCCUUGACGACGCUUGGCGUGAGGAGAUGGGUGCGGAUGUUGAGCGCCCCCGCUGGGCUGAGCUCAUGAGGGCUGGUGUCGAUGUAUAG